CAUUAAACUGUAAAAAAAAGAAAAAGAAACAAUUAGUCAACUAAAUCAAGACAAUGUUGCAAAUGAAUUACCGAAAUUUGAAAGGAAUUGGCCAGGACCGCGGACUUAAUUCGAUUGUGCUGGACCUUCCGGCGGGCAUGUUCAUCCAGCGUCGUUCCGCGGGAACUUGCAGGGUGGCGACCUUCCGGCAAGGAUGUUCAUCCAGCGUCGUUUCGCGGGAACUUGCAGGUGCCGACCUUCCGUCGAGCAUGUUCGUCCAGCUUCGUUCCGCGCGAACUUGCAGGUUGGCGACCUUCCGGCGAGCAUGUUUGUCCGGCGUCGUCUCGCGAGAACUUGCUGGUGUGGACCGUCCAUCGAGCAUGUUCGUCCAGGGUCGUCCCGUGGGAACAUGCAGGUGCCGACCAUGUUCGUCCAGCUUCGUUCCGCGGGAACUUGCUGGUGCGGACCGUCCGUCGAGCUUAUUCGUCCAGGGUCGUUCAGAGGGAACCGCCAUUGCCGUUCCGCAUGGCAAUUCCGGGUGGCAUUGAACUGUAAAAAAAAGAAAAAGAAACAAUUAGUCAACUAAAUCAAGACAAUGUUGCAAAUAAAUUACCGAAAUUUGAAAGGAAUUGGCCAGGACCGCGGAC